AUGGUUGCAUCACUCAAAGAAAUGACUUCUGAUUUUGUGAAAUUGGAGAGGUUUGAUGGAGGCCAUUUUAACCGAUGGCAGAAAAAGAUGAAAUUUCUUCUCACAACCUUGAAAGUGGUGUAUGUUCUGAAUACCACAAGACCAACAGAGAGGGAAAAUGAAAGGAUUGCUGAAACAAGAGACAAACAGAAGUGGGAAAAUGAUGAUUACAUCUGCAUGGGCCACAUUCUCAAUGGAUUAUCAGACUCACUUUUUGACAUCUACCAAAGUAGCGGUUCUGCAAAGGAACUAUGGGAGAAACUGGAAACAAGAUAUAUGUUGGAAGACGCUACCAGUAAGAAAUUUCUUGUCUCUCAAUUUAAUAAUUAUAACAUGGUAGACUCUAGACCAGUGAUGGAACAAUUAUAUGAACUUGAACGAAUUCUUAACAACUUUAAGCAACAUAAAAUGCACAUGGAUGAAACAAUCAUUGUUUCUUCCAUAAUAGAUAAACUUCCUCCAUCAUGGAAAGAUUUUAAAAAGUCCUUGAAACAUAAGAAAGAAGACAUUUCUCUUGAGCAGUUAGGAAAUCACAUUCGUCUUGAAGAAGAGUAUCGUAAACAGGAUGAUACUAAGAAUCAAAAUGCUCAUGAGAAGGUAUAUGUUUUAGUGGAUGGAAAGUCUAGUAAAUCCAAGGAUAAUAUGGAUAUAGAUGGAGAAAAUGUUCAUGACAACAACAAUGGACAUGGACAAAAGAAAAGAAAGAGAGGAAGUUGCUUCCAUUGUGGUAAGCCGUGA